UUUUGCAAAGAGACGAGUUUCGCGCUACGUGCCGCGACUGAGUUAAUAAGAAAGCGACAAUAGCCCGCCGUCGCGCAGCUGUUUAUGCGGAAACGUACCCGCGACGUACCGUCAUCGACCUCGCGCUUGUAAUGUUGACGCCACGUGGGUUUCAAACGGAAGGGAUGUUAUAAGGGCUUUCCCAUUGAACAACGAUUGACAAUUUUUUCUGUUAUUUAUACUUUAAAAAUAGUUUGUGUUUAAAGGGAGAAUAAUUUAUGUUUUUAUUUAUCAUUAUUUAUCGUGAUAUCGUGAUAUUUGAAGUAUUAUUGUGUUCGUUUUGACGUGUACGUGCAUGCCCUUAAUCAACAAUUAUUUUAAUAUUAUUAAAGAAUAAGCGGCUUGAUAAUUAGCAUAAAAUUAAAAAUGUGAGAACUAUCAUUUUUAUUGAAAUCUUACUGCAUCGUCACAGUUACUGAACGGCUUCAAUUAACCUACUUAAUCGAGAUAAAAGCAGAAAUCAGUUUCAUAAUUGAAUAAUAAUUAGUUUAACAUCCGAAUGAACUAGAGCAACAGUAAAAAAUCGGUAUGUUUGCUUAAAAAUAAUUUAUUUGAUUACUUCCUAAAGAAACUAAAUCCAAUGAAAAAAAAAAAGAGAAUUAAUCUAUCGCAUAUAUUUUUUUUAAUCUAAAUUUAUUUGAUAAGUCUAUAGAAAUAGAUGGACAAAAAUUUUCCACUAAUAAUUCUUUUUUCUUUCAUUUCUUUUAAUAUUUCUUUUGAUAGAUUUCUCUAAUAAUAGGCAAUUAUUGAUAGGUAAAAGAGAAACAAAGUCCGAGCAAAUUACACGAUGACAAAUAAUAGCUCUUGUUUCCUAUGAUAAUUAACGGAAGCUGCGAUAAAUUUUUCCGUCAACUGUCCGUCUGUCUGAUUCAUUGAUUUUUUGAAUAUCGAAUUUGAUAAAAACAAAUAAUCAUAUGAGAUACAUUUAUCAAAUUUUAGAUUUGCAAAACGCAAUGAGAGAGAUAAGAACACUGCCACAAAAAUGCCGCAAUUAGGAAUCUUCUUUCAAGAUUUCAGAUUGAGAAAGAAUGAAAUGAAUAAACGUAAAAACGUUGAACAGCAAUUUGUGUGAGGUUUGAAGUGACGUUCACACGGAAUUAAAGUGAAUUGAGCCUUAGAAAAGGGACGAGAAUGAACUAUUCGCCCACUGCCAAUCGCAGUUUCUUGCACGGGAGUGGCAAGGCUGCUCUAAUCUCCAAUAAGGUAGUUUACGCCACUCUCGACAGCCUAGCCCUAAAACGAACGAGAUUACCUUUGCAGUUGCUUCCUGUGGAAAGCGAUAAUGUUGCAGAUAAAACAGAGAAGUCGGAUAAAGAGAAGAAACUCGCCAAUGGAAAAAUUUCAACUAAGCUACUACCUUGCGAGGUGAAAUCCGGGACGAAUCAGUGUAAAAGUGCCUCCAAGUGCCUGGCCUUCUCUUCCACGAAUAUAGAGAACCAGUCGACGGCUUGUGCCACCAGAAUACUAGAGUCCGGUACCGAAUGCAAUAUCGAGAAUACUCUCGGAAAGGAAAUUCAGACGUCAACAAACGCGACGGGAAUCAACGUAGAAAAUACUGUAGAAAGUCCAUUUUCCGCAAUUGUAUCCAAAGAAUCUCGCGCCAAAGACUUUCGAAGUGACAAAAGCGAUGAUUUGGCACAACCACAAACGGAGACGAAUUCUCACGAUGAUGAUAAUCUCACUGAGGUCCAAUGUGACAAGAAAAAAUGCUCGAUCGAGAGGAAAGACUCCAAUUCGUCUAGCGACUACGAAAGGAUCAGCAUAUCAGACUACAAAGUCUCGACGCACGAUUCCGAAGUUCCAGACAAAACAGUUCUCGAAUCCACGGUAUACAUUUACAAGAUCAAGGAAAAUACUUCGGUUUCUUUGCAAAUAACCACCAAGUCGCGAUCUGUAGAUGACUUGGCUAUAACGGAAGCCACGUACGAAAAUCCUUUCGAGGAGUAUUCGAAACAGGACUCGAUCAGCAACGAGAACAGCGAUGUCUCGUCGCGGUACAAGAAGAAGAAGAAACGCUUCACCAGGAACGUGCUGCACUACGUGCCGCGGCAUCUGGUGAAGCAACCGAAGAAGAAGAAGCUGAAGAAAAAAUACGCUCUGAGCAGCUCGCUGAGCUCCCUGCAAACGGCACCUGUCUCAAAGACCGCCUCGGAGUGGUGUGACAGGUUCAAGAGCCUACCGAGGGACCAGCUGAAGAACACGAUCAUCUCGUCACCCACGAACUUUGUCCACGUGGCAUCUGCGACGAAUCCCAGCUUGGUUCGGAACUCGGUUGGGUCCGAUCUGGAGCGGAUCAUGAUUACUCAUCAGCAGAUAUGCGCUACGUUGCCUCUACUCGUUGGAAAGGACGAGCGACGCAAGAAUGAGAACGCCGAGCAGCCCAAGGUUGUUGGAAGAAUGUCUCCCGUGAACGACGUGAUCUCCAGGCAAUCCGGGCGAUCAGCCGUCGAAAGCGUCACGGAUAGAAGCGAUCGCACGAACUACGCGGAGAUACAGAGCGAUUUAUCGAGAGAUUCGCAGUCGGCGAAAGUUUUGGAGUCCGGCCAGAUGGCGAAAAUCGCGACGGAGAAUCAGGCCGUUUCGCCGGAAGGUGAGACGUACGAGCCGGUCUGCGAGUCUUCCCCUCGGGCGCAGCUACGGGCCAACAGCAGUUUUCUGUGGAGCAAUCACGGGCCGAAGGCGAGUUUUCCAAACGGCAAGCAGGAUGCGAACGCUACGUGCCACGCCUCGAGGGAAAACGACGAGGGCACCGACAGCGAGGAGUAUGACGACGUCGGACCGUCAAACUUCAUUGCUCAAGCGGAAUCCGAUUACGAUGACGUGGGCCCGCCGACAAUUCGUCCGAUCGAGGAAUCCGUCGUUGAUACCGACGACUGCGACGAGAUCUACGACGACGUGAUGCCGCCCAACUUUAAGCAGGACGGUCCGAAAAUCGUCGACGAGAACGAUUAUCUGAUCCCGCAGCCCGAGGAAGUCGGCGAGGAGUUGUCGAGCGUGGAAUUGCGAGCGGCGUCCAGGGAUGGUCGCGCAAGGGUGGAAAUCGCCGGAUCGCCGAGUUUCGCACCGAACACGAUGAACGACGAUCAUCGGUAUUUCUCGGCGACGAACAAUGAAUAUUCCAGCGUGGACUGCGAGAAUGAUCUGGACGAGGAGGAGCGGGACGAGCUGGGUGUGUAUGACGACGUUGGCCUGCCGUCGCCCAGUGAGGAACGUGUCAAUAGCCUUUACGCCGGCUCCACACCCGGCUCUGUCUUAGGUACGACCUCGAUGAACGGCAAGGAAUCCGAGUGGGAGGACCUGGAAGAGGUCUCGAGCGCCUCGCGCUGCCCUUGCCGGACCGAUGAUCCAUGCGGAGGAGGGACCGAGGGACAAAUCACAUCGCCCAAGAAGAAGCAGGCUCAGCGAUGGUCACGGCAUGUCAGGAAACAACGGUCCAGGAGAUCUCGCAGAAGCGUCGAGGCGACGCCGAUGACCCACGAAACUACGACUACGGUCGACGACAAUGUUUCCGACGACAGCACAUAUGAGAGCCUGUACUCCUAUCAGCCGGAUGACUUCAGCAGCGAUUCGGAGACGGAGGUGGGCGAUAGUCAACGGCCGCUUGACGAUCGUGUGAUCGAUACCUAUCUGGUAUGCCCCAUAAGGCCAACUCCGCCGCCACCAAGGGAGGUCAGUUUGACCCAAACUUUGGGCAGGCGGAUAAAGAUGCUGCGGAGGACCUGGAGCAUCACCAAGGGUAGCCUGGGCAAGAUCAGACGGCGGACGUCCGUCGACGAGUCCAGCUUCGACGAGAAGGAACAAUCCGGCAAUGAGAAUCACGCCGACGCUGGGAAGUACUUUAAUUUCCGGCUGAAGCACUUCAGCCGGAAGAGCGUCAUUGGCCCGCCGACUUUCUACCUUGAUGAGAACGACAGCACCGUUGAGACGCGCGACAACAACAACGGCAGCAUCAAGGAGGCGAUCUACACCAACAGCCAGUACAUGGGAAGCGGCAGCGACGACUCCUCGACAACUCCAACUGCCGAUGUCGAUCAUUACAGCGUGCUCGCCGAUCAGGAGCCUCUCUACCAGUUUUACGCGGCCGCGGUGGCUCGUGUUGCUUUCGAAUCGGAUUCUGAAGGCUACGAAGAGGUAGAAGAUAUAAUGUGGAAGACGGAAUCAACUGCAGCGGAUCUUGCCAGAGCGGGACAAAGAAUGCUCUGGUGUCACACUCCACAAGUAAUACACAGCGGUCUCUUACAGAAACUAACGCCAGAGGAAAAGAAGAUUCAGGAGACGAAAUUUGAGAUCUUGACUUCUGAAGCAUCGUACUUAAAUUCUCUUCGGGUCCUGGAAAACGAGUUCCUCAAUAAUCAUACACUAAUAAAUGAGAUUCUAACACCGAUUGAGAGAAAAAAAUUAUUUGGCGGGGUGCCGAGUGUAUUGUCGGCGUCGCAAACGUUCCUAGCUGAACUGGAAGCUGUGUGGAGGGAAGAUCCGAUGUUGCCAGGCUUGUCGGAAGUCUUGCUGAAACACGCUGAAAAAUGUCAGGCCGUGUACGUAGCGUAUUGCUCGAAUCAAGUCAGCAUAGACACAACUCUGAAAGAACUCAAAGCUCGGAAGGGUACGAAAUUUUUGGAGGCUAUCAGACGCAUAGAGAUGCGACCGGCGUGCCAAAAUUUAUCUUUACAUUCCUUUCUAAUGCUACCAAUGCAGCGCGUUACAAGGUUACCCUUAUUAGCUGAUGCCGUUCUAUCCAAGUUAUCGAUGGGAAAUUCAGAUAGAAUAUCUUGGGAAAAAGUUCUGUCGACUUUAAGCGACGUCGUUGCUGAUUGCAACGAAGGUGCUCGAGCUGCUAUUCAAGAAGCUGAAAUGGAAGCUUUGGCAAGGAAACUGGAAUAUGUCCCAAAAAUCAAACCAAUCAUACUGAGAGGCAAGCAAUUAGUCAGAAGUGGAUCAGUCAUACAAUUAUCGAUGAAAACGGAUACCGAAUUCAAGCGGACAUUUGGGAAGAAAUUUAAUAAAACCCCACUAUAUCUUUUAUUACUCACUGAUUAUCUUCUAGUCACAAAAUUAAAAUCCAAUGCUAACAAUGAGUGCUAUACCGUCGUAGACGUGUGCAAACGGAAUCUUCUAGCCUUGGAAUCAGCUUCCGAGGAGUCGCCAUUCUCUGGGCGAAAUGCUAUGAUAUUGACUUUCCUAGAGAAUCAUUGCGGUCGUCAUGUAGAGUAUGUCUUGACGUGCGAGAAUAAUACCGAACGAGAACGAUGGCUGGAGGCUAUCUCGCCACCCAAACGCGGUUUGGUUGGUGAAACAUUGUAUGAAUCUUGGGAUUGCCCACAAGUAAUGGCCAAGUAUCCAUAUUUGCCAAAUCAACCAGACGAACUAUCGUUACAACCAGGGGAUGUGAUAAAUGUAUUGAAGAAAAUGGCAGAUGGUUGGUAUCAUGGUGAAAAAUUAUUAGAUGGCGAGCAAGGAUGGUUUCCGGCAAACCAUACAAAGGAAGUUGCAUCGGAGCACGUGCGUGCGCGGAAUUUGAAACAACGACAUCGUCUUCUAGCACUCAGCAGCAGUGUAAUACAGCAAAGAAAGGCGAGACAAAAUCAGGGAAUUCACUGAAAAAUUUAAAAUGUGAUGAAUCGCUCAAAUGUUGUGAUCGUUAAUAAAUUAUUUGUUUAUAUUACAUACACACAUACACCACAUUUAUUCAUAUGCGAUUUCUAUGCUAAUUCAGUAUUGAAUAGAUUAACUAUGUGCCAAUAUGAUACACUUGUCCAUGUAAAAAGAAUGAUAUUUUAAAAUCUUUUAUGAUGGUAUAUUGGAGCUACAGAAAGCUCAGAAGGAUAAGAAAGAUGUAUUUUAUGUUUUAUAUGUAUAUUGUAUAUAAAAUUGUGGAGAGGAAAA